CCCUUAUGACUGCAUGUAAUGUAAUGACCUCCCCAAAGGCCCUACCUCCAAAUACCACCACACUGGGGGUUAGAACAACAAUUCAGUCCAUAGCGGGCUGCCUGGGAAGAUUCUCACUCUCACAUGUUGUGUUGCACUCCAGGCACCUGGCCAAGAGAAUACAGGUGGGCUCCCCAGGAUGCUGCAUCAUCACCAAGAUGCCCAUCUUGAGGGAAGUGGAUGAGAUUGAGCCACGCCCAGUGUUUGAGAAGAAGCCCCCGGCGUGGGAGGAGGAUAUGGAGCUCUAUUCGAAGUUCCUGGACCGUAAGGAGGAGCUCCGGCUCGGCCACGCCAGCUAUCUGCGGCAGCACCCCGAAGCCCACGCGCUCAUCUCCGACUUCCUGCUCUUCCUGCUGCUGCGCCAGCCGGAGGACGUGGUCACUUUCGCCGCCGAGUUCUUCGGCCCCUUCGACCCGCGACGUCCGUCGUCACCGGCCUUGGGCUCCUCCCACCGGCCCAACCCUUUCCGCUCCCUGGAGCCGGAGGGAGACGCCCGCUCGGGGGCGGGCUAGGCUGGGCCCAGGCCGGGACAGGGCAGGAAACCAGGAGUCGGGCUGGGACGCGGGCGGGACGCGCCGGGGCGGGGGCGCUUUCCGGGCUGUGGUUUUGGGAGAAUAAACGGGGCCCUCCCGCGGCUCUGCAGCGCCAGCCGACAGCUUCCCUGGCUAGUGUCUCAUGUCUCGGGCUACAAAUAGGAACCAUUACCGUUGUACCUCGAGCGGAUUUCAGCCUUUCCUCCUAGAUGCUGUUUUCUUCGUUAUCUCCAUUCUGCAGAUAAGAACACAGAGGCACACGAAAGUUUAACUUUUGGAGUUGGCAGGUGGGGAGGCAGAAUUUGAACCUGAACGUUGGACUUGAAAGCCCACACUCGGCCAGGCGCGGUGGCUUAAACAUGUAUUCCCAGCACUUUGCGAGGCCAAGGCGGGCGGAUCACCAGGUAGGGGU